GCUGGAUACCUGGUCCAGCAACGCACAGACACCCGGGAUUUAACCGGACUUCCGGGGUACGCCAGGGUGAUGCAGGCUACAGGACUAGAGAAGACUCAAAUUAUUCAUACAAGAAAAUCACGUGAAUCCCGAGACGAAGGCUAUCACAGCAGUGAACGACCUAAGACGUACACGAAGGAGAGAGAACCAAAGACAUUCCGAGAACCAAUCAGUUACAGAAUUCCGGAACCCAGAUCCCGAGUUAUAAUGACAAACAAAGGCAAAAAACCACUCACAAACGGUCUGAUUCCUUUACCGGAAACAGAUCGGUCAAUUGAGGCACCCAAAGAUGUCGAAAAAGUAGAUUUCAGAGCAAAGGAACCCAAGGAAAAGAAAGAAAGAGAGCCGAUUAGUUUCAGGGAACCAAUCAAAAAGAAGGCAGCAGAGAAGCCCAAUCAAAUGGAAGGGAAAACACCACGUGACGCGCCUCCAGCAGCAGAAGUAGCUAGGAAUAUUCCGGAUUUGCCAAUUCUUCCCAGAGCUUCUCUUAGGAUUGAUGACCUUAAAGAUGACUUCUUAACUUGUGAAGUGUGCAAGUCUGAAUAUGACGAAAAGGAACACACGCCACGAGUAUUGCCAUGUCUGCACACGUUCUGUAACCGUUGCCUCGAAAAACAUGUCAGGGAUUGGUUCAUAUAUUGUCCAAGCUGCAAGUCACAGCACACCUUGCCAAAUGACAGCGUUAAAAACUUUCCUAAAGAAAAUACACGCCGAACACUACGAGAUUUUGUUCAGCUGAAGAAGAAAACGAAAAUUCCUUGUAGGGAUUGUCCGGAUGGCGGAAUUGCUGGAUUCUUUUGCAAAGACUGUUAUUCCUUUAUGUGUUUUGAAUGUCGAAAAGCUCACUUAAGGAAUUUCAUGUCCCGCAGCCAUACCAUUACCCCAGUCGAUCAGUUGACCAAUUCAGGCAUCGAGCCUUUCCUUCGACAGCAGACCUGCGAUAUGCCUGGACACGAAGGGCAGCAGCUUGUGUACUACUGCACAAGAAAGGGAUGCGAAAAGCCUGUCUGCAAGAUGUGCACCGUCCUAGACCACGAUGAGACAAGUGGACAUAACACCCGACGCCUGGCCGAUGUUUACGAGGACCACAAGGCAGUCAUAAGCAAUCUGACGAAGGACAUGGAAGAUCGAAUCACCUUCACGAAGAACGUGAUGUUUGACACAGAGGAAGAAAUGAAGAACCUGGACAAGAAGUACCUGGAUAUAACAAAAGACAUCGACAAAGAAAUUGACGAGAGCAUACAGAUGCUGGAAGUCAGACGACGAGAACUCAAGGACACCUUGAAAGGAAAAUGCAAAGAUAAGCGUGCCAUAUUACAGAAACAACGAGAGAGUUUGAAGUACACCCUUGUGCUGAUGAAUGCUGGGAAAGAAUUUUCCAGCCAUAUUAUGGCUCACGCGAUGCCUGCUGAAUUCGUCAUCCUAACAGAUACAAUUUCAGCAAGACUCUCCAUGUUAAAAGAUAAGCAAAUUGAAUCAUGUCCUCUAGAAAACUCAUUCUUAGCUUUCGAUAAGAAUCAUAUGGGAUCUGAAUUCAAAGUUUUUGCAGUAGGAAUGGGGAAAAUCAGAUCUACCGCCAUUUAUCCUCCUAAAACGAUGGCGGAGGCAUUCGAUGUCCCAGUCGACAACGAGGCAGAGGUGAUGAAGCUCUUCCUGUACGACAGCAAGGGUGUCCCCCAGAAAGACUCCUUUGAUUGUGUCCAAGUAGAGAUCAGAGAUCCAAAGGGCCGGAUGAACUUGGCUUCUGUUGAAGACGCAAAGACAGUGGAUGGUUGCUAUAGAGUUUACUACACAGCUAGUCAGCUGGGUCAACAUCGGGCCUUAGUCAAGGUGUUAGAUCGCUUGGUCAAGGAGGAUGGCUAUCCAUUCAAUGCAAGGACUCCAGGUGAAAUUGAUAAAAGAUACGGGGACAUUACUUGUCCCGGUUUUACCUUUGACAUUGAAACUGCUCAUGCAGAACGUGAUGUAGCACCUGAUGGAAGGGUCCUUCGCUCUGACGUGACUACACUAAAACGGAAAACAAUACGCGGGUUAAAGAAACCCAGAGUUCGAUCUUUCCCUUGGGAUGAUAACGGACCCAUCAAACAGGAUACCGCAAAAGCACAAGGUAGACUGGAAGCCCUGUCACUGGACGCGCAUUUAGACAUCGUGACGAACGACAAGACGUUUGAAGGGAAGAGGUUAAAGAAGUACUGUGGAGUGGUGGGUACCAAGCCAUUCCGAACUCCAGGACGCUAUUAUUACGAAGUUAAUGUCUCCUAUCGAAUCCACGUGAAUCUCGUGCGUAAUGCCCUGAUAUUUGAGAUUGGGAUAGGGCGAUGGGAAAGCAUACAUAACAGUUUCUACGUAGGUGCGCAAAUGUUCGCUUGGUCUUUCUCUGCUGAAAGGUGUAAUGAACACAAACAACUUUGCCACAAGUUCCGCCACAAGAGGACGCUCUUAUUGCACAGCCCGAUUUCUGCUGAUGUUGCUGGUACUAAUAUGUCGAUGUCCUACGGGUUUCUGUUAGACACUGACAAUCGCCAAUGGACGGUGAUUGAUUGCGCAAGCCAAAAGGUCCUCUACACCUUCCGGAACUUAGACUUUACGGAACCCCUCUGGCCUGUGUUCGGAACCUACAAUCCGUACUCUGCGCACGUGGAAAUGCAUCUGAAGUCAGGGAGUUCUAUCGCAAAAAUUCCCGCUAUUGCAACUCUAGUGUGAUGGAAGCUCUUGAUGGAUAGCCUAUAUUUUUUUGAACCUGAUUUUUUUUUCAUUUUUAC